UGAUAGUUGCACUGUUUGCAUAGUUGACCACCCACUGAAGCCAAGACACGUGAAACUGCUGUCCACUAAAAUGGGUCUGAAAGUCACGUGGGACCCGCCCAAAGAUGCCACCGGCAGAGCCGUGGAGCAGUACAACAUUGCCUAUGGGGAGUCCCUGAAAAGUCUUAAGUACGUCAAGGUGAAUGCGGAGACAUACUCCUUCCUUAUUGAGGAUGUGGAGCCGGGGGUAGUAUACUUUGUGCUGGUUACUGCAGAAAACCACAGUGGAGUGAGCCGACCUGUUUACAGAGCUGAAAGCCCGCCCGGAGGUGAAUGGAUCAAGAUUGAUGAUUUUCCCCUUAAGGGUCCAGGACCGUUUAAUGAGACCCGCACAGAAAAGGAAGCGCCCAACAAGCCCUUGCGCGUGCGCGUCCGGUCUUCCGAGGACAGGCUGUCUGUGGCGUGGAAGGCACCUCGCCUGUCCGGAGCCAAGAGUCCACGCAGGUCUCGUGGGUUUCUUCUGGGCUAUGGAGAAAGUGGCCGGAAGAUGAAUUACGUUCCACUCACCAGAGAUGAGCGGACACACGAGAUUAAAAAGCUAGCCUCGGAGUCGGUGUAUGUGGUCUCCCUGCAGUCCAUGAACUCCCAGGGGCAGAGCCAGCCAGUCUACAGGGCUGCCCUCACCAAACGCAAGAUUGCAGAAGAGGAGGAACUUGAUGUGCCCAAAGACAUCACUGUGCGCGUCAUGUCGUCUCAGUCUGUGCUGGUGGCCUGGGUGGAUCCGAUUUUGGAAAAGCAGAAGAAAGCUGUUGCAUCCAGACAGUACACUGUGCGCUAUCGAGAAAAGGGGGAAUCAGCCAGGUGGGACUACAAGCAAAUCGCCCACCGACGUGUGUUGAUCGAAAACCUGAUUCCAGACACCGUGUACGAGUUUGCAGUCCGUAUUUCCCAGGGGGAAAGAGAGGGCAAGUGGAGCACGUCCGUCUUCCAAAGAACGCCAGAGUCGGCUCCCACCACAGCUCCCGAAAACUUGAACGUCUGGCCAGUCAGCGGCAAGCCUACCGUGGUCAAGGCAUCCUGGGACCCACUGCCCGAGACAGAGGGCCGAGUGAAAGAAUACAUUCUUUCCUACGCCCCGGCUCUCAAGCCGUUCGGAGCCAAGUCUCUCACCUACCCUGGACACACUACCUCCGCCCUGGUGGACGGUCUGCAGCCUGGGGAACGCUAUCUGUUCAAAAUCCGGGCUACCAACAGGAGAGGUCCCGGGCCGCACUCCAAAGCCUUCAUUGUCGCUAUCCCAACAACCGCUGCCAGCAAGCUGGCUGCCCAGCAGGACAGGGACAAGGCCUGGAAGUCCGAGGAGCCGCGGCCUCCCGCCUCUCCCCCGCGGACCAACGCCAAGGACCCCCUCCUCGACGUGAAGAGCAGGAUCCUGGCCGGUGGCGGGGCGCCCAGGAGCCCCAAGAAGGCCGGAGAGGCGGACCUGCAGUCCACGGAGGUCACGGACGAGGAGGAGGAGGAGGAGGACCCGCGCCCCUUCCCCGCGGAGGCCCGAGACCCGAGGCGGCGACCGGGCCCCGGGGGCCCUGCGCGGACCCCAGCCCGGGCGCGCCCGCAGGUGCAGCCCCGGAAGGAGGGCGUGGACUCGCGGGGCCCCGCCCCGCCCCCCUCCCCGCACCCCAGCGCGACCACGGACGACGAGGAUGGCGACGACGGGGCGGCCCGGGAGGGGAAGCGCGAGGAGGAGCGCGCGGCCGCUUCCCACCGCCCCAAGGCCGCCUCUCCCCGGAGCCCCCAUGCGGCCCGGCCCGCGCUGCCCCCCGGCCGCCCGGCCGCCCCCCACUUCCCCAGAGACAGGAGCCCCGCGCGCGGGCCCCGGCCUGCGCCCCACGGGCGCCCCACGCCGGAGGGGGAGGAGGAGGAGGAGGGGGAGGAGGUCCCGCCGUCCAGGCUUUCUCCACCCCGCAGGGGGUCCUCCAGCCCGCCCCCGGGGGCCGCGCUCGCCCGGGGCUGGAAGGGCGGCCCCAGCCCCCACGGGCCCGCUCGGACCCCCUCGGGCCAGGCGCGGACGGAGGCCCCCGACGGGGAGGACGCGCGCCCCGAGGACUCCAGCCCGCCCAGGAGCAAGCCCUUCCCGGCCAAGGGCAGGAUGCCGGCCGGGCCCGGCGGCGGCUGGGGCCCCCCACCCGCCCCGGGGGCCCCCCGAGUCGCCUCCGGUACCCACGGCGGCGAGCAGGACGAGAAGCCGCUGUGGGCCACCACGGCCAGCGGCCAGGCGUCCCCCUCCUCCGGGCAGCCCGUGUCGGGGGGCCGGGACCCCCUAGGGAGGAGCCCCCCGCGAGGAGCCAGCCCGCAGCCCCCCCCGGGCCCCGGUCCCCAGGAGGCUGGCCCCGGGCCGGCUCCCGGAAAGGCCGCCCCGCCUGCCCGCGCCGCCGCCCCGCACGGGGACGCGGGCCGGUCGCUCUCGCAGCCCCAGCUCGCGCUGGCCCACGCGGGGCGUCUGCACCCCACGUCCUCGGGGGGCGACGGCGGCCCCUGGGCCCCCCGGAGCCGGGGCCGGGACUCCUCCUCGGCGAGCAGCUCGGAGGACAGCAGCCGGGACGAGGAGGACGCGGCCCCGGCCCGCCCCGAGCCGCGCCCGGCGGCCGCAGGCAGCAGGGACCCCGCGCCCCGGCCGCAGCCCGGCGCCCGCGUGGCCGGCAAGGCCGCGAGCCACGCGCCGCCGUCCAAGCGUCCCCUGCCGUCCAGAUCCCAGCAGUCGGUCUCCACCGACGAGGACGAGGACGAGGAGGACCGGGACGGGCUUUGGAAGGGCGCAAGGCAGGAGCACCCCCUGGCGCCCUCCAGCCCCCGGGGGGGCGGCCCGCGCGCCGAGGGCGAGGCUGGCACCGCGCACGAGGAGGACGCCCCUCCCGGAAAGCGAGCCCCGCCUCCGGGCAGCCCCCCGAGGGCCUCCCCGUCCCCCGGCACCCCCGCCACGCCAGGCCCCCCGGCCAGCCCGCGAUCCCGGCCGCCGCCCCCCACCCGCGCCCCGGCCGGCCCGGCGUCCACCACGCCCAUGCUGUCCCUGCGCCAGCGGAUGCAGCGCCGGUUCCGCACGCCCGUCGCCCGCCCGCCCGCCAGGCUCGCCAUGGCGCAAGGUUAUAAUGGCAGACGGAAUGUGGAAGAAAAUGUCUCUUCUGGCAGUAAUGGGAAACCGAAUGGACAAAGAAUUAUCAAUGGCCCUCAAGGAACCAAGUGGGUCGUGGAUCUGGAUCGCGGGCUGGUGUUGAAUGCGGAAGGGAGAUACCUCCAAGAUUCGCAAGGCAACCCCCUUCGGGUCAGACUGGGAGGAGAUGGCCGCACUAUCGUGGAUCGGGGAGGAACCCCUGUGGUGAGUCCUGAUGGUCUCCCCCUCUUUGGGCAGGGGCGACACGGCAAACCCCUGGCUAGUGCCCAGGAGAAGCCCAUCCUGAGUCUCGGAGGGAAGCCCCUGGUGGGCUUGGAGGUCAUCAAAACGACCACCCAUCCUCCCACCACGACCAUGAGGCCUACCACAACCACAACCACAACCGCGGUGCCCACCACCACCACCACCACCACCACCACCAGCCGAAGACCCACAGCUGCCACCCGCCGCGUGUUCCCCCCACGCCGCACCACCACUACCAUGCGCCCAACAACCACACUCCGGACCACUACUCGGACAACCACCACCACCACCACCACCCCUGAACCCACCACUCCCACCCCCACCUGUCCCCCCGGGACCCUGGAGCAGCAUGACGAGGAUGGCAACUUGAUCCUGGGUGCCGAUGGGAUCCCCGAGUGCUACCCUGAAGAUGACUUCUCGGGCCUGGAGACAGACAUAAUACCUACAGAAGAGGCUUAUGUUGUGUACGAUGAAGAUUAUGAAUUUGAGACUACCCGGCCACCAGUACCAGAUACCACCACGCCCUCCACCACACCGAAUGUCAUUCACGAGGAAGGUACCAUCAGCUCUUUCCCUGAGCAAGAGUUUGAUCUGGCAGGAAAGAAGCGAUUUGUUGCUCCGUAUGUGACGUACCUAAGUAAAGAUCCCUUGGCCCCGUGCUCUCUGACGGAUGCUCUGGAUCAUUUCCAAGUGGAGAGCCUGCACGAGAUCAUUCCAAAUGAUCUAAGGAAGAACGACCUGCCUCCCCAGCAAGCUCCUCGCAACAUCACCGUGGUCGCGAUGGAAGGCUGCCACUCGUUUGUCAUCGUGGACUGGGACAAAGCCACCCCUGGGGAUGUGGUAACAGGGUACCUGGUCUACAGUGCGUCCUAUGAAGACUUCAUUAGAAACAAGUGGUCCACUCAGACUGCAUCAGUCACCCAUUUGCCCAUUGAGAACCUGAAGCCGAACACAAGAUAUUACUUUAAAGUUCAAGCCAAAAAUCCUCAUGGCUAUGGACCAGUCAGUCCUUCGGUCUCAUUCGUUACUGAAUCAGACAAUCCUCUGCUUGUGGUGAGGCCUCCAGGCGGCGAACCCAUCUGGAUUCCAUUUGCUUUCAAACACGACCCCAGCUACACAGACUGCCAUGGUCGGCAAUACGUGAAACGGACAUGGUAUAAAAAGUUUGUGGGAGUCGUUCUUUGCAAUUCACUGAGAUAUAAGAUCUACCUCAGUGACAACCUGAAAGACACAUUCUACAGCAUUGGUGACCGCUGGGGCAGGGGGGAGGACCACUGCCAAUUUGUGGAUUCACACCUUGAUGGAAGAACAGGGCCUCAGUCCUAUAUAGAAGCACUCCCCAAUAUCCAAGGAUACUAUCGCCAGUAUCGCCAGGAGCCUGUCAGCUUUGGCCACAUUGGUUUUGGAACCCCCUACUACUAUGUGGGCUGGUACGAGUGUGGGGUCUCCAUCCCAGGAAAGUGGUGAUCACUGGACUGUCCCACUGCGAGUUGGCCCACACAGCCAUGUGGACUCUUUUGCACUUGGGGCCCUAAGCAGGAGAAAGACAGUGUCCCCAGCCCUGCUGGUCCCCAUCUCAGGAGCCCACCCCGCAGAUGCUCGCUGGACAUCCCGUCAUCUUCUGUCUGGAACUCAGUCCCACUUCAUGGUCUGAACUGCAAACAAGAUUCGGUGUUGCUGAAAUGUUGCUUUUCCACAGUUUUUCUUUCCCUACAGUUGUUUGUCUGCAAUAGCAUAAUACAGAAUCAUCAGACACCCGCUGCUGAUCGGUCCUGUGUGAAGACCAGACUCCAGACCCGGAACUCCGGCAUGCGAGCAUCUUCAAGGAGCAGGAUGAGCGUGCUGGGCUUGCUUCAUUGAGCACUACCUAUGUUUCUCAUUUCCAAAUCCUCCAAAAUCAGCUGAAUUUGAGCUUCAAACUCAAUCUCUAUAUGCAGUCGAAUUAAAUUACUGAAAAUAUCAUCAAAGACGCUACAUAAUAUCAACAUUCUAUGAACUUUCUCACUGUCAGACUAAAUGCAUCAGGUUUGAUUUGUAAAUUCUCAACUUUGAUAUAUAUAUAUAUGUAUGUAUAUAUGCAUAUACAUAUCCACACUUCUCUGCAAGAAUACUGAUUAAAAGUGCUGAAUUUUUA